GGCCAAUACGGACUGGAACAGUUCAUUACUCAUUAAAAUUUUACUUUUCACAUUACGAAUGCACGAGUAACGUCAGCGUGUCGCGACGCGCGAUUGUGUGGAACAUUCAAUGCGUUAUUGUUUCGAAAGGUGGGUGUUUCUGUGAGUUGUGCACUGAUUUCGGUGGUUUUAUUCGGCGAUAUCAUAUAUUGGAUAUUUGAGUUUUAAAGUUUUCACUGCGAGAUGGAGCGAUCCUUGCAGGAUCGUGAUCGUGUUGGCGUGCAGGACGCCAUUUUGUUGGAGGAUUAUACUAAUCAGAAGGUUUUUGUCGAGAAUUUGGAGAAAAGGUUCAAUGGGAAUGCUAUUUACACAUACAUUGGUCAAGUAUUAGUCUCUGUGAAUCCUUACAAGGAGCUUAAUAUAUACACGCCCAGUCACGUGAAAGCUUAUCAGAACAAACACGCAUUCGAAAAUGCACCUCAUGUGUUUGCGUUGAGUGAUUUAGCCUACAGAGCUCUAUUGCAUGAAAAUCGCGAUCAAUGCGUAUUGAUUUCAGGUGAAUCUGGUUCUGGUAAGACCGAAGCAUCUAAGAAAAUUCUGCAAUAUGUUGCGGAUGUGACAGAUCGAAAGGGAAACGUGGAAAAUGUCAAAAAUAAACUUUUACAGUCAAAUCCAGUGUUGGAAGCGUUCGGAAACGCGAGGACUAAUCGCAAUGACAACUCCAGUCGCUUUGGAAAGUACAUGGAUAUUGAAUUUAACUUUGAGGGUAAUCCAGUCGGUGGCAAUAUACUCAACUACCUAUUGGAAAAGUCACGUGUCAUUAAUCAAGUCCCUGGAGAGCGAAAUUUCCAUAUUUUCUAUCAACUUUUAGCAGGUGCUGAGGAUUCACGUCUUGAAGACUUAGACCUGAAGAGAUCUCCAGAGAAUUACUUUUAUUUGAGUAAUGGCAGUCAAUCAAACACCAAUUUGAUCAACGAUGCAAGUGGUUAUCAUGACGUUGUCAACGCAUUAUCAGUGAUUGAGUUCACCGAAACAGAAAAAAAUGAUAUGUUCAACAUAGUUGCCAGUAUCCUCCAUCUUGGAAACGUCAAAUUCGUCGAAGACGAAGGAAUUGCUUCUAUAAACAAAUUGGAAAGUGUAGAGUCCAUUUCAAAGUUAUUAGGCUGCAGUGUAGAAUUAUUACGUAAAUCUCUUACCCACCGCACCCGUGAGGCCCGCAAAGACGUGGUAACCUCCCCAUUGAACAAAGAAACCUCAAUCUACGCCCGCGAUGCCCUCGCCAAAGCAAUCUACGACCGCCUCUUCACCUGGCUGGUAAACCGCAUCAACACCUCCCUACAAGCCGAACGCACAAACCGCAAUCAAGUCAUGGGCAUCCUAGACAUCUACGGCUUUGAAAUCUUCGAAACCAACAGCUUCGAACAACUCUGCAUCAAUUUCUGUAACGAGAAACUCCAACAACUCUUCAUAGAGUUAACCUUAAAAUCCGAACAGGAAGAAUAUCUACGUGAAGGCAUCGAGUGGCAGAACAUCGAGUACUUCGACAACAAAGUCAUCUGUGACUUAGUUGAAGAGAAACAUAAAGGUAUCAUCGCCAUUAUGGACGAGGAAUGUCUCCGACCAGGUGAUGCAACCGACAUGACACUCCUAAUGAAAAUGAAUCAAAAUCUACAUUCACAUAAACACUACAUCAGUCAUCAGAAAGCUGACGCUAAACUCCAAAAGAAAAUGCGUCGAGAUGAAUUCCAACUGGUGCAUUACGCCGGUACAGUUACCUACAACGUGAAGACUUUUAUAGAGAAGAACAACGAUUUACUCUUCCGGGAUUUGAAGGACGCCAUGAUCAAUUGUAAGAAUUCCAUUGUCAAUUCCAUCUUCACUGCGAAGGAACAAGAGAGUAUGAAGCGUCCGGAGACAGCAAUCACGCAAUUCAAGAAUUCGUUGAAUAAAUUGAUGAAGAUUUUGAUUGUUAAGGAGCCUAAUUACAUCAGGUGUAUUAAACCCAAUGAUCAUAAGAGUUGUAAUAAGUUUGAUGAGGAUUUGGUCAAUCACCAAGUGACUUAUCUUGGUUUGAUGGAGAAUUUGAGGGUUAGGAGAGCUGGGUUUGCUUAUAGGAGGACCUAUGAGUUGUUUUUGGAGAGGUAUAAGUGUCUGGCGAAGGAAACAUGGCCGCAUUAUCAUGGAUCAGCGAAAGAUGGCGUUCAGGUACUAGUGUGUAAACUAGGUUAUGAAAAAGAUGACUACCGAAUGGGUAAAACUAAAGUCUUCAUUCGGUAUCCUAAAACCUUGUUUGAAACUGAAGAUGCGUAUCAAGCGAAGAAGCAUGAUAUUGCUUCGUAUUUACAAGCACAUUGGAAGGGAUAUCUGCAAAGGAAGAAGUAUUUGCAUUUCAGGACAACUGCGAUUAUUGUCCAGAAGUGGAUUCGGAGAUUUUUAGCUCGUAGAAGGGCUGAGAAGAGGAAACAAGCUGUUGUUACCAUCAGAAAGUUUGUUGAAGGUUUUAUUACCCGGAAUGGUCCCAAAACGGAUCUAAAUCGUAAAUUUGUUGAGUUGGCGAAGUUUCAUUGGUUAAAUCGUCUUGCAAAGGCUUUGCCCAAGUCUGUUUUGGUUGAUUAUUGGCCGCCAUGUCCACAUUCAUGUCAGGAAGCUUCUGCGUUGUUGAAGAAGAUGCAUCGUGUGCAUUUAUCACGUGUGUAUAGAUAUAACCUUACUUCUGAGCGUAAACGUCAUUUGAAGAUGAAGGUUCUUGCUGAGAAAGUUUUUGACGGGCAGAAGAAGAGCUACAAAGCUAGUAUUCCGUAUUUGUUUAAAACUGAGAGGAUUAGUGAGGAGAUUCAGCUUGUUUAUAAGGCGUAUGUGAAUACUUUACAAGCGGAGAAGAUUAAGUAUUCGACUAUGAUGACUAAAUAUGAUCGACAUGGAUAUAAACCGCGUGAUCGUGUGAUGAUUAUCACGAAUGCGAAUGUCUACAUCGUGGAGAUAAAGAAUUCGUCGACGACGAUGAAGCAUAAACUGCAAUUGCAGGAUAUUUCGCUUGUGAUUACAAGCGAGAAUGAUAAAAUGUUGAUGAUUAAGCUGCCUGAAGAGUUGAUUAAGAAGGAAAAGGGUGAUAUUAUUCUGGAAGUGCCGCAUUUGAUUGAGUGUGUCACGCAGAUCAUUGCUGCGAGGAACGAUCCUGGAAUGCUCACCAUUGAAGAUAAGAAAAAUAUUGAGCACAAAAUGGUUGGAAAACAAGGCAUUAUCGAUGUGAAACUUGGACGUCCUGAGAGUAUUGUAAAGGAUAAAUCAGGACAUUUAUUGAUUACUGCAUCUCCAUGAUUUAACUACCAGAAAGCUUCAAAACUAGUGCCAUUAAGUGAUUUUUUAAAUUAAUAACUUUGAAAUUAUCAGACUUUUAUUUACAUGUUAUUAUUUUAACAUUUAACUUAUACAAAUAAACUUAUUUACCAAAAAUACAA